UUUUGCUGCGUCCCUGCUGAAGCUGUGUCCUGACGAUUGUGUUUAAAUUAACUUUUCUGUUAGACAAACUUUGUUGCUACUUUCUUCUCAAGAUGAUUGCAACACCUUUGAAACAUCCAGGAGCUCAUUUGUCUUCAGAGACAUCUCAAAGGAGAAAUCUGCCCAUUGAUGCAAUCUUUUUUGACAGCAUACCUUCAGACACACUUACACCAGUAAAAGAUUUGGUGAAAUAUCAAAACUUCUCUUUAAAAUUGAAUGAACAUAAAAAGAAUCAAUUCCUAGAAAUCACAACUUUUAACAAUAAAGAUAUAUUUCAAUCUACCGUGCUAGCAGAGGUUACCACUUCUAACAGUUCUCUUGAUAUCAGUUGUAUAAAGCCCAACAAGGAUGGAUUUAAAAAUAAGGCAAACUAUGAAUCACCGGGGAAAAUAUUUCAAAGAAUGAAAGAAAAAAUACUGCAUGACAAGCAAGAACAGGCAUCAAGAAACAGUAGUUUGUUGAAACCACAGAAAAGUAAUAAAAUCUUCACUUCUAACAAAGCUGAGAAAAAACGCUUGCAGCAUACCUACCUCGAUGAAGAAAAGGAAAACAACACAUCAUUUCAAUCAGGUAAUAGUUCACUACGAGCCUCAGUCAAAGAAGUUACUUUAGAAUCAUCAAAUAAUAUUUUCCUUCCAGUCAAACAGAAGAGUCGAUGCCAUCAGGAAGAGAAAGCACCACAGCACAAUUUGACUUAUGAACUUCCAAUUCUGAACCAAGAACAAGAAAAUUUUUCAGCCACAGGAGCCUCAAACAAGGCAUUAACUAGAGCUCAGUUGGCUAAACAAAUUCUUUACUCAAAGGAAAAUUUAGCUGUAAGCACUAAGUCUAAAAAGGACACGUUUAUUUUAGAAGGCAUUGAUUCUACCAAUGAAAACUUUCAAAAUACAAAUAUUGAGACUCUCAAUACUAACUGUGUUUCUGUUACAAAUGGCAGUCAAUUAAUGGUUUCUGAUAGUGAGAUGACAACAGAAGGGACUUCACCAAAGGAAAUUAUGGACGGAAAUGAAAAAACAAUGCUCAGAGAGACUGGUCUUCCAGGUUUUAUGAAAGAUGCAGACAAAUGUAAAAUUGUACUUGCAACUCCAAGACUUCAUGUAGAAAUACCUCAGAAGUCGAAAAAAAAUAUUUCCAAGAUUCCUCCUCCAAGUAUACUUCAAGAUUUUACAAAUGGUGCUAAAAAAAGUAAGGUAGUCCGGCUACAGGAAUGGAUGAUUAAGGCUAUCAAUGAUAAUACUGCUAUAUGUGUAGAAGGAAAAUUGAUAGACAUCACUAACAUAUAUUGGCACAGUAAUGUAAUUAUAGAGCGGAUCGAGCACAACAAACUUAGGACUUUAUCAGGCAACAUUUAUAUAUUAAAAGGAAUGAUAGAUCAGAUUUCCAUGAAAGAAGCAGGAUAUCCAAAUUAUGUCAUAAGGAAAUUUAUGUUUGGAUUUCCAAGAAAUUGGAAAGAACACAUUGAUAAUUUUCUAGAGCAUUUAAGGGCUGGUGAAAAUAACAGGGAAAAAGCCAGACAAAAACAGAAAACUGAAAGCUGUGUCCCUAACACACGAAAAUCAGUGAAAAAUGAUGUAAGAAAAAACCCAACAGAUGUCCUCCAAAAAGUCAACAUCACUUAUAACCUUGAUUGUGAUAAUUUGGAGAGAACAGAAGAAUCGGAUGUAUCCAUUGAUAUUCUAACCUCAAGGGAACAUUUUUUCUCAGAUGAAGAAAGAAAACACAUGACUAUAAAUUGCAAAGAAGUUUGUGUUUUAGAAACGCCACUUAAAUCUAGAAAAGUGAUAGAGCAAAAAUGCAUGAAGUAUAAUUUGUCCUCUGACACCGUUAAAACAGUAACAGAUUUUGUAGCGCCAGAGCAUCAAAAAGAAAUUCCCACCAGUAAGUCCACAAGGACUUUGGAAAAUACAUUUGAGUAUAGUGUAAGUAACAAAAGUAAAAACAAGGAAGAUUGCAGUGAACGUGAUAUACUCACUUUCAACCACAAAAUAAAAAUACUUAGCCCUAAAAAGGAACAAAUGGUUGCCUCUGACUGUAAGAAAAAUACCAGAUUGUCACCAAAAUUGAAGAAAAUCGAAAAUCAAGUAGCUAUGUCAUUUCAUAAACAUCAGUCCUCAUCAGAUUUGACAAGUGAAGACAGUGAAACAGAAAAGGAAAUUAAAAGGAAAGCUGCAGUUAAGAAAACAAGAGCAAGAAAUACCAAAGAAUCAGUUGUUCUCCUGAGAAAAAGCACAAGAAACAAUACAAGGAAUAUCCCAGUGACUCCUGACUCUGAAACUGAAGAAAGUGAAAAUGAAUUUUACAUCAAACAAAAGAAAGCUAAAUCUUCUGCUAAAGAAACUCUUCAGAAAUCUAGUGUUAGUAAUGAGUUUCCAAUUACAGAGGCGAUAGGAUCUAAUAAAAUUAACGGGCAUGCCGUAGAAUGUUUACCUGGCUUAAUUGAAGAUGAGGAAUGGAAUGAGAAGGAAUUACAGAGACUUCAUUGUGCUUUUGCAUCUCUUCCAAAACACAAACCUGGUUUCUGGUCACAUGUAGCUAUGGCCGUAGGUUCUCGAUCUGCUGAGGAAUGUCAGAAGAAAUACAUGGAAAAUUCCAAAGGAAAAAGAUCCCAGAAACAUGUUGCUAAGAGAAAAACAGACAAUUCCAAAGGCCAAAAUGGCAAAAGAGGUGAUGUUGAUAAGAAACAAACUAUUAAGAUAACUGCCAAAUUGGGAACUCUUAAAAGGAAGCAACAGAUGAGGGAUUUUCUGGAACAGUUGCCAAAAGAUGACCAUGAUGACUUUUUCAGUACAACACCUUUGCAGAAUCAUAGAAUACUGUUGCCAAGUUUCCAGAACAGUCAAGAUGAUGGUGAUAUUCUCUCAAAUAUGGACCAAAAUUUAACAACUCCAUCAUCAGUUAUCUGGCCCUUGUCAAAAACUCCUGAAUGUCAGCAUGUCACUCCUAGCAUGCUUGCCUCUAUAAAUAGGAAUGAUUGUGAUAAAUAUGUUUUCCACAUGCAAAAAAAUCAUAAAAGUAAUGGUGGCAUUGCCUGGGGCAAUAUCAAGAAAAAGACAGUUGAAACUGAUUUCUCAACUCCAGCAUCAAGAAGGAAAACCAUGUUUAACAAAGAUUUAGGAGAAAACCCUGGUAUUGGAAAACUUUUCACUGAUGCUAUGGACUCUUUAGAUGAAGAAGAGAAAGAUUAUUAUUUUUCAAACUCUGAUUCUGCAUAGUAAAAAUAAGAAAAUAUGAUUUCCAGGAUUUUUACCAUAAGACAGUACAUCUUUAUCUUCAAUUGGAGUACAUAUAUUUUCUUUAGAAAGUACCUUCGUAUGAAAAUGUGGAGUACUUUUUCAAAAGUUUCAUGUGUUUAUAUUCAAAGUAAGAUAUCCUUCUAUAGUACAUUCCUCAUUGCUACACUUUUGCUAAAAAUAUAAAAAAAUUGUCUUGCUUGUGUGUAGAUAUUUGUAAAUUUCUGCUUCUACAAUAUUAAAAUAUACAUAGAUAAGUUUCUUAUAAGCAUCUAAGUCUUUUUGCUUUAAGAAAAUUAUAUCCCAAACAGAUUUUUAAAAAGCUUUCAGGAAAAUGUUGCUACCUUCAAGUAAGUAGGGGGGCGAGGAUGAAGAGGUAGCUACUGCAUUCAUGAAAACUUUUAAGUUAGCAUUUGUCACCACUGGAUAUACAAGCCAGAGUGGAUCUAAUGUUUAAAUUACACACUGUUGAAACUAUUUGACGUGCUUCUCUCCUGCUUGUUUUUCUUAAAACUUGUAAUUGGCAUGUCUAUGAAACCUAUAUAAAUUUAAUGUAUUGCUUUUUCAUUAGUUUAUUAGGUAGAGAAGAUUUUGUUGCAUUUUUAAGCCUUAUUUACAUGUACAGACACAGUUUAAAUUUGGUCUCAAUACUUUGACUAGAUUAGACAAACAUCCAAGUUAAUAGCUCUACCAUUAGGAGUCAUGUUAAUAUGUCAUAGUAAACAUCCUUUUCCUUUCACUAACAGCUCCUCUAGAGAUAAACUUCAUUAGUUUACUAUGUUUUAAAAUUUGACAUAGAAUAUCUUCCCUCUGGCUACACAGUCACCCACCCUUUCUCUCCAGUUAAGGUUGUCCAAAUAAAGUUAUUUUGCUUUUUUA